AUGGCAACCGCUCCCCCUGAUUCUGAUAGCGAAGAUGAAUUACCGCCUGGAUGGGAAGAAAGAGCAGCAUUAGAUGGUACCGUGUAUUACGUAAAUCAAAUUACCAAAAGUUAUCAGUGGACGCAUCCUAGAACGGGAAAAAAGAAAAAAACAUUUGGUGAACUUCCUCCUAAUUGGGAAAAAAUAAUUGAAAAUGGACAAAUGAUAUUUAUUGAUCGUACGACUCAACAAAAAACUUUCACUGAUCCUCGUUUAGCUUUUGCAGUCGAAGAAAAAAAUCAUAAAAUGGAUUUUAGACAAAGAUUCGAUGGAUCAUCUACUGCCCUUCAAGUUUUACAUGGAAUCGAUUUGUCUGGAAAAGUUAUUUUAAUUACUGGAGCCACAAGCGGUAUAGGAUUUGAAACAGCAAAAUCAUUUGUUCGACAUGGUGCAGAAGUGAUUCUUUGCGGUCGAACUGAAACAACUUGUAAAGCAGCUGAAAAUAAAAUAUUACAAGAUUAUCCAAAUGGUAAAAUCAGACCACUGCAAAUCGACUUGACAUCUUUACAAAGUGUUAAGUACGCAGCUGAAACUGUUAAACACCAUUAUAAUUUUUUAGAUGUUCUUAUACUGAAUGCAGGAAUUAUGGGGGUUGGUUGGAUGCAAACAGUCGAUGGAAUCGAAUCUGUUUUUCAAGUUAAUCAUUUAUCGCAUUUUUACUUAACCCUAUUACUUCAAAACAAUUUAAAAUCUGGUUCGAGAGUUGUUAUUCUUUCAUCUGAAUCGCACAGGUUUAGCAACAUUAACAAACUGAAUAUAAGUGAAGAAAAAUUAAAUCCAACUUCUCCCAGCGGAUACUGGGACAUGAUGAUUUAUAAUAACAGUAAAUUAUGUAAUGUUUUAUUCGGUGUCGAAUUACAAAAUCGAUGGGCUCAUCGUAACAUAGAUGUAUUCAUGGUUCAUCCUGGAAACAUGGUUAAUACAAACUUAAAAAAACAUUCCUGUCUCUAUCGUUUGAUAUUUACAAUCGUCAGACCUUUUACUAAAUCACUGCAACAAGCUGCAGCUACAACCGUAUAUGCCGCCAUUGCUUCCGAAAUGACUGGUUCCGGUGGGAUAUACCUAAACAAUUGUUGUCCUUGCGUGAUGAGUAAAGAAGGACGUGACGAAGAACUUGCUAAAAAAUUAUGGUACAUAAGUGAAAACAUAUUAACAAGAAUUGUCGGACCCUUGACCAGCUAA